AUGAAAACCCUCUUUGUUAUACUGGUUUUUACACACGUUUUUUCCGGGAUUUUACCAUCACUUUUGCCAUUUGGGAAACUCAGCACGCGCUUGAGAAAGCCGACGGAAUCCAACGAUUCUGAGGGCAGCAGAUUUUCCUCAAAUCAACCCUUGCUCAGUGAAACCUCCCUGAAUCAGGCAGAGUGCAAAGAAAACUGUGGCUGUUUGCCAUGCAAUCUGACUUUACCCAAGCCAAAGAAAGUGAUAAAUCCUUACAAGAAGCAACUCAGCAAUAGAGUGGCGCCGAGGGCUUUUGGGAGCUUCUGCAUCAAAUGCGCCGCAUGUCUGGCAGUAGCCAAUGAGGUACAAACUGUUAUAGAGAAGGUUAGUCAAGAAUGUGAAACCGACAUGAACAAAAAGAAAAUAGUGGAAGAACAAACCCUGGAGAGCAUCACGAGGCUUUGCCAAACGGGAUUCAGAAACUUCAACUUGCGGGCGUUUGAGCAUCAUGGAAUAUUGACUGACAACUUCGAAUGCACUCAACAUCCAGGCACCGUUAUCGAAGAAAAUUGGACCAAAAGGUUUUGCGCGAAACUAGUAAGAAUUUGCCUUACUUUGAUUGGUUCCAGGCUGCGGGAAAUGUGCAACUUGUACAUAUCAAGGGUUGAUGUCACGCUCCUCACCUCCAAUACGCUGGACUCCAUUGGGAAUCUCACCGACAUGUUUUGCAGAGGGAGCGGCGUGUUUCGAGAUUGCUCCAACAUAAAAACCCAUCGGAACAUCAGCCUGCCUCACUGCAAGAAUUGCGGACAUUGAGCUUUCGACACUGCUGAAUCAAUUACCUGAAAUAGAAAAUUUGGCAGCUUU